AUGACCGAAUACAGACUCGAGAAAGACUCUCUUGGAGAAAUGCAAGUCCCAAAGAAUGCUUAUUACGGCGCUCAGACGGUUCGAGCCAUAAACAACUUCCCAAUCACACAUAAAAGAUGUGACCCAGACUUCAUUCAUGCCAUGGGGUAUGUCAAAGAAGCUACCGCAUAUGCCAACCAUGCAGAUGGUAUUUUAGACAAGACCAAGUGUGAUGCCAUUAUGCAAGCUUCUCAUGAAUUAGCUGAAGGUAAAUUUGAUGAGUGGGUUGUAGUCGAUCCAAUUCAAGGCGGCGCUGGGACUUCAUUCAAUAUGAAUUGCAACGAAGUCAUUGCAAAUCGCGCCUUAGAAAUCCUUGGCCACGAAAAAUAUCGACCAGACAUCAUCUCUGCAAAUACUCACGUUAAUAUGUCACAGUCUACUAACGACGCUUUCCCAACUGCUUUCCACAUUGCUGGACUCUGGAAGAUCGACAGACUUGUUGCCGAAAUGAAAACAGUCUACGACGAAAUCGAGAAGAAAGCCGUCGAAUUCAAAGACUUCUUGAAGAUGGGAAGAACUCAUUUACAAGACGCCGUCCCAAUCACUUAUGCACAAGAGCUGAGAGCAUACAACUGCAUUAUUAAAAGAGGGUGGGAAAGACUUGAAAGAUCGAAGUCAUGCCUUGAAGGUAUUAAUAUGGGCGCAACAGCAGUCGGAACGGGUCUGAACGCUGAGCCAGUCUUCAUCACUGAAGUUGUCAAGAAAUUGGCUGAAUUGUCGAAAACAAAAGUCCAUAACGUCGAGGAUUUGGUCGACGGAACACAAAAUUCUGAUGAGUAUUUGGAAGUCCAUGCUGCUCUUGCUAUCAUCGCGUGCUGCAUGAGUAAAGUUGCGAAUGAUAUGAGACUCAUGACUUCAGGCCCAAGAUGUGGACUUGGCGAAAUCCAAUUGCCACCAAGACAACCGGGAAGCUCAAUUAUGCCAGGUAAAGUCAACCCUGUCAUUGCUGAAGUGAUGAAUCAGACUUGUUUCCAAAUCAUUGGUAAUAACACUACUGUCAUGUGGGCAGCAGCUGCGGGUCAAUUUGAGUUGAACGUGAUGGAGCCUGUCAUGUUCUACGACAUCUUGACUUCUCUCGAAAUUUUGAAGAACGCAUUCAACACGUUCAAAGUCAAUUUGGUCUUGGACCUUAAAGCAAACAAAGAAAGAAUGCAAUGGUUCGUUGAUAAUUCAGUCGGAAUUAUCACCGCUUUGAACCCACACGUCGGGUAUGAAGUCGCCUCAGCUACUGCUAAAGAAGCCAUCAAGUCUGGCAGACCAGUCAGAGAAAUCAUUCUUGAAAAGGGCGUUCUCACAAAGGAACAACUUGACAUCAUCUUGUGUCCCGACGAGAUGACUACUCCGGGCAUUGCUGGUGCUCGACUCCUUCACAAAUAA